UUUAUUUCUUUUAUACAUGUUGGGUUUAAAGCCAAAGCCAAAAAUACACCCAGAUCAAAAGCAUUUAUGAUUGACACACACAUUUCUUUAAUUAAAAAGGUCUUCUUUCAAGAAAGAAAGAGAGAGAGUAUGCAACUAUAUGAAUCAUGAGCUAUAUUGAACAAGAAAAAAAGAAAAAGAAAACAAUGUAAUAAGGCAAGUUGUUAGAGAGAGAGAGAGAGAGAGAGAGAGAGAAACACAACACAAGAAGUAUUAAGGUGGGUGAGGAUGCUUUCGGCUAAGGAAGCUCAAACUGGCCUCGUCUAUGCUGUAUUGGGAUUACAAGAUCUUCUUCUAACAUCUCCUCUUCUACCUUUUUGCAACUCUCUCUUUCACUUUCUUUCUUACAGACUCGUAGGUUUUAUUUUUCCUCCUCCUUUGAAUACUCAAAUUCUAUAAAGAAAAAUAAAAGAAAACCUCUUCUUUUAUGUAUAUAUUUACUCACUAUCAUCACUAAAGAAACCUUCUUUCUUUCUUUCCACCACCACCACUCUUAUUAAUUCUAUACACUUUCAUGUUAACAUAUAUAUUAUCAAGAAUCUUCUUUACUCUUUUUUAAGUUCCUAAAAUUUUCUUCUUCUCUAAAAUAUUAUAAAAAAAAUGUGGGACUUGAACGACUCGCCUGAUCAGAGGAGAGACGAUGAAUCCGAAGGGUGUUCUUCGCAGAAAACGUCUAUAGAUGGAGAAGACGAUAAAGGUAAAAGGGUCGGAUCUGUUUCGAAUUCAAGUUCUUCUGCUCUUGUAAUCGAAGAUGGAUCGGAAGAUGAAGAUGGUAGUGGAGGGAGAUUAAUCAAGAAACGCAGCAGUAAAAUAUUUGGAUUCUCUGUCUCUAAUGAAGAGUCUUUGGAAAGUGACCAACUUGUAACACGGCAGUUCUUUCCGGUUGAGGAUCAAGAAGUGACUGGUGGCGCAGUAGGUGGUGCUGGACCUGGGUUUCCUCGAGCUCACUGGGUGGGAGUCAAGUUUUGCCAAUCUGAGUCUGUUGUUUCUCCUAAAUCCGUUGAGGUUUCACAACCGUUAAAGAAAAGCCGGCGAGGACCCCGCUCCAGGAGUUCCCAGUAUCGCGGUGUUACUUAUUACCGGAGAACAGGCCGUUGGGAGUCCCAUAUAUGGGAUUGUGGGAAGCAAGUUUAUCUAGGUGGAUUUGACACUGCACAUGCAGCUGCUCGUGCAUAUGAUAGGGCAGCUAUCAAGUUUAGGGGAGUGGAGGCAGAUAUAAAUUUUAGCAUUGAAGAUUAUGAGGAAGACUUAAAACAGAUGAGCAACCUGACUAAAGAGGAGUUUGUGCAUGUACUUCGCCGACAGAGCACUGGUUUUCCUAGAGGUAGCUCUAAAUAUAGAGGUGUGACUUUGCACAAGUGUGGAAGAUGGGAAGCUCGAAUGGGCCAAUUUUUAGGCAAAAAGUAUGUGUAUUUGGGGUUGUUUGAUACUGAGAUUGAAGCAGCAAGGGCUUAUGACAAAGCUGCAAUUAAGUGCAAUGGCAAAGAGGCGGUGACAAAUUUUGAUCCUAGCAUCUAUGAGAACGAGCUCAAUUCUUCUGAAUCUUCAAGCAAUGCUGCAGACCAUAAUCUUGAUUUGAGUCUAGGCAACUCGGGUUCGAAGCAAAACAGUGCAGGAUUGAAUAAUGACAGGCAAAAUGCUGGAAUAGAUCAACAUUCGGCAUCAAUGCCAUUUGAAGCUGAUUGGCGAAAUCGAGGAAUUGGGCCUAAGCAGCAUAACAUGUAUAGCAGGAGUGACAAUGAUGAGCAAACUGAAACAAUGCAGCUUCUUAGUCAAACCCACAUUCAAUCUCCAGGAAGCAGUGAAGCACAAAGAUAUGGACAAUUCAGGAGAGCAGGAGAGGCUCAGGUGUUUCAUGGUUUUUCACCAAAUUAUCUAAUUCAGUUUCCAAGCAGCAGCAAUGGAGGCCGAAUUGGCAGUGAUCUUUCACUGUCUCCAAGCGAUAAUCAUCAUCAGUAUCAUCAGCGACAAUGGCAAUCCGGACCUCCUCCUCCUCAUCAUCAUCAGUUGGUUGCAAAUGCUGCAGCAUCAUCAGGAUUCCCACAGCAAAUUAGGACUCCACAAAACUGGCUGCAGAAAAAUGGGUUCCAUUCUCUAUUGAGACCCUCUUAACCCAUAAUAAUGAAGUAGCCAUUUCCAUCUAAAUUUAUUCUGUACUCUCAAAUUCUCUCCCUCUUAAUCACCUUGUUAAUUUUUUUUUUUCUUUCUUUGCUUCCAAGCAAAUGUAAAGAACAAUGGGCUUUUUCCAACAUUCCCAGAGAAUCGAGAUACGUGGCAAGAAAAAUGAUAGAAAAGAAAAAAAAAGAGAGAAAAGUUCCUAGCCUCUGGGAAUUGUUGGUCGCCAGUCAAAAAUUAACUAACAAAGGGACGAAAUCUUUCAACUAGUUUAUAUUCA